UCCUCAACACAAACGUCUGUACUCUGCUGCGUUGUGGCAGAAUAUUUGAGGCAAACGUUCAAACAGGGAGGCCGUGGCUCUCAUGAAGCGGACGUUUAAUGAAAUCUCAUUUUGUGCUCCUUCUCUCAGUGAAAGCCAACGACACUUUUCAUUUGAUUUGGCAUUUCAGCCUGGUGGUCUUCUCCUGGUGGUCACUCUGUCAGCCCUCGCUGUAAUGACAAGCAUGUCAAGUGCCGGGCUGGGCAGCCAGUGGGUGUGUUGUGUUUGUUUGAAUUUCCUGCUCAUCCUCCAUUUUGUCCCUCGGCUGAAAUUCUCUUUUUAAAACGACUCAUGUAAUUCAAACCAUGAGAGUUUAUUUUAAUGUGGUGAAUUCCUUUGUGGCUGUUGGCGUGCCGCUUGUCAUUGUGACAGGACUCUUUGGGUUUUUCAGUGUGGGAGGACAGCAGACACAUCCUAAAUGAUCCUGGGUAAGGUGGGUGCUUCACCCGGGGUGGGAUUUAUAAAGAUGAGCCAUCGGAGGAGCCGUGUGUUAGUGGCAGUCAUUUAGAAACCCGAGCUGCGCUGUGAGCCUGAAAACGGGUGACACAGAAAUAGCAGCACUAAGUUUGCUUCAUCCAGAGUGACGUCUACUGAACUCACAGUGACACCAGCCCACCAUGAGGCCCCCAGUUACACUGUGCCAGUAUAAAAGUGCCAGGCCACCUGCCAGCAUGUGUGGAGAAAACCUGAGUGGACACACAGGGAGCUCAGGGGUCUUGAUGUGACACGGACUGCUGUGCCACCCAGCUGCCUCUGGGACCCCCCCUCUCUGUGCCUCACCUGCCCUGUAGGUAGAUAAGGCGCUAAAUCACAGACAGGGACUGAGGAUUGAGAGCACAAAGGGAGGAUCGUGCAGUAUGGCUCUGUCCGUCUUUGGUCUUCGGAAUGCGUCUCUUUAUGUCACCGUGGCAGUGCUGGCAGUAAGGACUGCAGGGUUUGUGUCCCUGCCUGGAGUUUGUGUGUCCUCCUCGUGUCUGAGUGGGCCAAAGACAUGCAGGUCAGGUGUUCGGAGUCUUCUGAUCUUCAUCAUCCUCGGAUGCUGCAUCAGAGCAGAAGAUGUGCAAGUCUGCAGUCACACAACAGCACUACUGAUGUUCACUACUAGUGGCUUUCUGGACGAUAUGAUGGUCAUCUACUACAACACCGAUGACAUUGUGUAUAACAAAAAUCAUAGCGAAGUGCCACUCUGUUCAGAGCCAGUGCCUGAAGGACACAAGAUACAUCUGUGCAAAAUGGGAGAUGGAAAGACACUGCGUUGUGGCAUACAAAAUGUCACAAACACUGACGCUGGACAGUACGAGCUGGAGUACGGUGGCUCAUCCUACAUAGUCAACCUACAAGUUCGAGAGUGUGCUACUCAGAAGACCAGCACUAAAACACCUGAUCUUCUUCAAAACGCUCAGAGCAGCACUACAAAUUCAGCUCCCAACACUACAGCCAGCCAAAGAGGUGCCCUGGCUGCUGCUGUUGCUGUGCUGCUCAUUUCCUGGCUGCUGUGGACUAUGCAGUAACACUCUGGACAGACAAGUGGCCUCCCAGUUCAUUAUGACUUUCCGUCUCUGAUUGAGCUGCAAUGGCAUGAAACCAAGAGGCGAGGAGAGAGAGGGCAGCGGAGAUGUAAACGACGUGGAAAGAUCAAAGAUCUGAACACCCACUGUCAUCAAUGUUUACUUUUUGAUUGUUUCAUUUCUAAAAACUGUGAAUUCUGUUUUGCAACCCUUUAUGUCCUGUCGGUUGUAAUAUCAUUUGUUUAUGUUUCUUAUUUUUUAUCUCGACGCGACCGCCAUUUUAUGGGUGCUGUCAGCUGCAUGGCUUGGGGUUGCUAUGCACGUUGCUACCACAUGACAACAGGAGGUGGCGAUUCGUGAUAUCACUAGCGUGAUGGCACAAGUGACUGACGAAGCGCAGGUCUCAGCAAACCCACCUUAUUUUCUUGUUUUGAUUUUUGGUAUUUUUGUUCUUCUGAAUUGUAAAUUUUCAAAUUUCUGUGUGAUUUAGUUAGUUAGUUAGUCUCUUAUAUUUGUUUACUCUGCAAAAACAUGAGGCGCUUUGCUUUUAUUUAACGAAAAAUGCAGAUUAAUUUCUGCUGAAUAAUCUUAAGAAUGCACUUCUUAAUAAUUGACUAAUUCUAACAAAGAGGAGAGCACAUGCUUAGCCUUCACAAAAGUGCUUUACACAGACAGUGGAGAGCCACGUCAGCCCACGGAUGUUCUGCUCAAGCCAGGAGCUCCUUUGUGUUCUUUUCUGUUAUUUUACAUAUUACUCAGCUCAUGCUUUAUUAGACUACUAGACAUUAAGCCCAUUACAACAAUGAAUGCUAGAACAGUAGUGCAUAAACAUUAGUAGGAACAGUCCA